CUUUAACUCCAGGAAGAAGUUGAAUGAAGUGGUGCAAAAUUGAUAAAUACAUGCCAUGAUUUGCCACAAGUGGCUUCAUUUAUGGAGACCAAAGGCUAUCACAGUUACCCAGAAAGCCUAGACAUGGAGAGACGCUGGAGUCAAGGUUCCCAGUCUAUGGAGUAUACUUCUUCAGGUGAACGGGCUGAAGAAAGUAACUAUAUGGAGAUUGUAAAUGCGAGCUGUGUUUCUGGUGCUUUUUCAAAUAGCAGUGCUCAAGGAAGCAACAAAGAAAAACCUGAACUACUUUCUUGCCUUCAGCAAGACCAUAAUCAGCCUGGUAUUUCACCCGCUAACAUAAAAACUGAGCCGGACUCAAAGGAACUUUCUGCAACUGUAGCUGAAUCAAUGGGUUUGUACAUGGAUUCCGUAAGAGAUGCUGAUUUUUCCUAUGAUCAGCAAAGUCAACAAGGAAACAUAAGUCCUAGAAAGAUGUAUCAGAAUGUUGAGCAACUUGUAAAAUUAUACAAGGAAAAUGGCCAUCGCACCUCACCUCUGAACACCUCAAGCAGGCCCCUGAGACCUGUAAUAUCAGACUCUGCAAGCUCUGUGAAUGGUGGCAUCAUUCCAGCAAUUGUCAAAGGCCCCAGAGUGUGUCAAGAGAAGAGUCCUUCAGACUGUAGUCCUCAAAACAUGACUUCUCCAGUGUGCAGCCCUCCUGGAAUUAAUUCUGUAUCUUCAACUACUCCUACUAACUUUGGAAAUUUCAAAGUAAAUAGCCCAGUAAACCAGGGAACACCUUUGUCAUGCUCUCCAAACACUGAGAACAGAGGCUCAAUGUUGCACAGUCCUGCACAUGCUAGCAAUGUGGGUUCUCCUCUUUCUAGUCCUAUCAGUAGUAUGAAAUCUCCAAUUUCAAGUCCUCCUAGUCACUGUAGUGUAAAAUCACCAGUUUCAAGUCCUAAUAAUGUCACUAUGAAAUCUUCAGUGUCCAGCCCUGCAAAUAUGAACUCCAGGUGCUCUAUUGCCAGCCCUUCUAAUGCCAAUAAUAGAUCCUCUCUUUCUAGUCCGGCUGUUAGUACUGUAGGGUCCUCUAUGUGUAGUCCAGUAAAUGGUGCACUAGCCUUUCCCGCAACUAGUACACCUGUUGGACCCAGCACAGGCCAAGAUAUUGUUCCUGGUCCAGAUACAAAAGAUAAAGGUGCUUCAGAAAACAUAUUUCCUAAAAUAGAGGAAAUAGAAAAUGCCAUCUCUAACAAUGAAGUAACUAAUCAAAUGAAUCUCAUUCAGUUUAUAAAACCCGAACCAGAAGGGGUAUUCAGUAGCUCAUGUCUUGGAGACAACAGCAAAAUCAGUUCUGAUUCCCCAUUUUCAGUAUCAAUAAAGCAUGAAAUAACUAAACAUUCUUGUUCUGGUGCUUCUUUCAAAGGGAAUCAAACUGUAAAUCCAUUUCCAUUUAUGGAUGGAUCAUAUUUUACUUUUAUGGAUGAUAAAGACUACUAUUCGCUUUCUGGGAUUUUAGGACCACCUGUUUCAUCAUUUGAUGGCACUUGUGAAAGUAGUGGGUUUCCAAAUCCAGGCCUCCCUGGAAGAAUUAAACAGGAGCAUGAAGAGAGCAGCUAUUAUCAAGAGAACACUCUGCCAUCUUCAGCUAUUGUUGGCGUGAAUUCAGGUGGACAGUCAUUUCACUAUAGGAUUGGAGCUCAAGGCAGAAUCUCUUUAUCACGACCUGUUGGUAGAGAGCAAACUUAUCAGCAUAUUAGCUCAUUUGCUCCAGUAAGUACUCUAGUGGAGUCGUGGAAACAGCAUGCUGACAUGUCCGCCAGAAGAAAUGAUGGGUAUCCAGUUAUAGAAUACAUUCCAGAAAAUGUAUCAAGCUCCUCAUUAAGAAGUGUAUCAUCGGGAUCCUCCAGACCCUCCAAAGUGUGUUUGGUGUGUGGGGAUGAAGCAUCUGGAUGCCAUUACGGAGUAGUCACUUGCGGCAGCUGUAAAGUAUUCUUCAAGAGAGCAGUGGAAGGUAAAUCUUCAUGGCAGCACAAUUAUUUAUGUGCAGGACGGAAUGACUGUAUAAUUGAUAAGAUUCGGAGGAAAAACUGCCCAGCUUGCCGAUUACAGAAAUGUCUUCAAGCUGGAAUGAAUUUGGGAGCUCGAAAGUCAAAGAAGUUGGGCAAGUUAAAAGGGAUGCACGAAGACCCGCAACAGCAAGCGCAGCAGCAGCCUCCUCCUCAGAGUCCAGAGGAAGGGACUACGUAUAUCGCUCCAGCAAAAGAGCCUUCUGUCAACACAGCACUUGUCCCCCACCUGUCUGCAGUUUCAGCAGCACUUACUCCCUCACCUGCUAUGGUCCUAGAGAACAUUGAACCUGAAAUUGUAUACGCCGGAUAUGAUAGCUCGAAGCCAGAUACGGCAGAGCACCUGCUCUCCACAUUAAACCGUCUUGCUGGCAAGCAGAUGAUUCAGGUGGUUAAAUGGGCAAAGAUACUUCCAGGCUUUAGAAACUUGCCUCUUGAGGACCAAAUUACUCUAAUCCAGUAUUCUUGGAUGUGUCUAUCAUCAUUUGCCUUGAGCUGGAGAUCGUACAGACAUACAAACAGUCAGUUCCUGUAUUUUGCUCCCGACUUAGUCUUUAAUGAAGAGAGGAUGCGCCAAUCUGCGAUGUUUGAACUGUGCCAGGGGAUGCACCAGAUCAGCCUUCAAUUCGUUCGCUUGCAACUUAGCUUUGAAGAAUACACCAUUAUGAAAGUGUUGCUGCUAUUAAGCACAGUUCCCAAGGAUGGCCUCAAAAGCCAAGCUGCGUUUGAAGAAAUGAGGGCGAAUUAUAUUAAAGAACUGAGGAAGAUGGUAACUAAACAUCCAAACAGUUCGGGGCAAAGCUGGCAGCGCUUUUACCAACUGACGAAACUCCUGGACUCCAUUCAUGAUCUUGUUAGCGAUUUGUUGGAAUUCUGUUUCUACACCUUCCGGGAGUCCCAAGCUCUGAAAGUGGAGUUUCCAGCCAUGCUGGUAGAAAUCAUCAGUGAUCAGUUGCCCAAGGUGGAAUCUGGAAAUGCCAAGCCCCUCUACUUCCACAGGAAGUGACAGAUGUCUUAAUGGAAAAAAAAAGAAAACUUUGCCUUAAGUUUCCCUGUGCUAUUCUACACCCAUGAAGGACCCAAGAAACCACAUUUAAAAUGUGCUAUACAAAAAUUGUUCAAAAGUCUGACUAGUCUAAAAACCAUAGGAAGGGUUUGGAGGCUGGAAAGAAGUUUAUGUGAACUUGACGAAGUCGUCAAGAUGGUUAAAGAACUAUUACCGUACUCCCAAUACACCAACAUUUAGGAAAACAAAUAUGUUCCUGUUCCUCUGGAUGAAAAGCCAUAUCUAGUCAAAUAACUCUUUGAUUUUGAUAUUUUAAGAGAUGAACAUUUUAAAUAUGCCAUGUAGUUUCUGGUAUUGUUUGCUUGUUUCAAAAGGGUUCAAGGACUAAGAUGAACUUUUAAAAGCUUACCGUUGGUUUGCACAUAAAACAAAGUCAAUAUGGGGCAUUAAUUCUUGUACUAUAUACAUGCAUUCACACACACACAGACAAAAAACAACACCCAACAACCCUGGAUGUGUAAAAUAAAUAAUGAAACAUUUGGUGUGGAAUAAUCUUGGUAUCUCUACCUGCGGCAUUUGUUAUCCCAUAUUAUCCAUCAUAAAAUGAUCUACACUGUGUUAAGUGUUCAUUUAUUAUUUAACUUGAAAGGAUAAGAUGUUAAAACAAAUGCCUCUGUUUCAGUUUAUGGUAUCUAUUGUGCUGGCUUUACCAAUAAUUUUUCGCAGUCUUUUGCUGUACUGUACAUGGCUGUAUGUAUAAAUUGAAGGACCUGAAAAAAAUGGUAUAAGGAACUUUUGUAAAUGAGACCGAAAAAUCUUUAAUGGUUAAUAGGAUGAAUGGAAAAGUAUUUUUGGAAGAAUUCUAUUUUGCUGGAGACUAUUUAAUUACUCUUUUUGUCUAAACACAAGGUAAUUUUUUUUGUAAAGUGAAUUGUUCUGCAUGCAUAAUGAACCGUUUACAGUGUAUUUAAGAAAGGGAAAGCUGUGCCUUUUAGCAUCAUAUCUAAUUUCCCAUCUGACAGUCUGUUGUAAAUAACCACCCGUAACCAUUUUCAGUUU